UGGACAAUGAGGUUCUGAAGCAGGUGCUGCUCCUGUCUCUCUGAAUGAAGAUUGAGCUUUACCCCAAACUGCAACUUUCUUCCUCUGUCCAACAUCUAGUAUUUGAAGAUCUGAAGACGGAAGUUUCAAAAUCAACAGAUGAAGGGCUUAUGCCCAAAAUGUCGACUCUCCUGCUCCUCAGGUGCAGCCUGACUUGCUGUGUUUUUUCAGCAUCGCACUUUUCGAUACUGACUCUCCAGCGUCUGCAGUCCUCACUUUGAUGUCAAUGUCUGACAGUCACUCAAUCCAUCGGGACCGCAACAAUUUUUGACUGAUUCUGUGAGAAGGAGCAAAGCUUUCUGGUUCCUGUUUCAGUCCGUUUUCAGCAUCAGUGGGACUGGAUGAGAGACCCUACUGUUGGAGUGCACUGAGUGUGGAGCCUGAAAUAGUUAUAAGGCCGGGGAAGAGCUCUACACGUGUUGUGUGUGGCUGAAGCUUCGGCCAUGGAGAAACCCGAGGAAUCCUGCCCCAUGGAGAAACCGUGGAAGUGUGGAGACUGUGGAAAAAAUUUCCGUUUCCCAUCUGCUCUGGAGAUUCAUCGUCGCAGUCACACCGGGGAGAGGCCAUUCCCCUGCACCAACUGCGGGAAGGCCUUCAGCAAUUCCUCCGACCUGGUGAGGCACCAGCGGGUCCACACGGGGGAGAGGCCCUUCAGCUGCCCCGAUUGCGGGAAGGCCUUCAGCAAUUGCUCCGACCUGUUGAGGCACCGGCGAGUCCACACGGGGGAGCAGCCCUUCAGGUGCUCCACAUGCGGGAAGGGCUUUACCCAGGCCUCCACCCUAUUGGCCCACCGGCAGCUCCACACUGGGGAGAGGCUGUUCAUCUGCACCGAAUGUGGGAAGGGCUUCAGCAAUUCCUUCGCCCUGCUAACCCACCAGCGGGUCCACACGGGGGAGAGGCCAUUCCCGUGCACAGAGUGCAGGAAGGCCUUCAACAGUUCCUCUGACAGACUGAAGCACCAGCGGUUCCACACGGGGGAGAGGCCCUUCAGCUGCCCAGAGUGCAGGAAGGGCUUUACCCAGGCCUCUGACCUGCUGAGGCACCGGCGGGUCCACACAGGGGAGAGGCCGUUCACCUGCUAUCAGUGCGGGAAGAGCUUUAGCCGCUCCUCCCACCUGCAGAGUCACCUGCGGAGAUCACAUGCCAUCGCAGGGGGUUUAAAGCACCAGAAACAGCUCUACGGCCUGGAAAGAGGAAUUCACGGUGAGGAGGGGCUCUACACGCAUUUGUGUACAGCUGAAGCUGCAGCCAUGGAGAAACCUGAGGAAUCCCGCCCCGAGGAGGAAUCGUGGAAGUGUGGUGACUGCGGGAAAGGCUUCCGUGCUCCAUCUGCCCUGGAGAUUCAUCGGCGCAGUCACACCGGAGAGAGGCCAUUCAUCUGCCCCAAGUGUGGGAAGGCCUUCAGCAAUUCCUCUGCCCUUAUGAGGCACCGGUGGGUCCACACAGGGGAGAGGCCCUUCAGCUGUCCCGAUUGUGGGAAGGACUUCAGCUAUUCUUCUGACCUGCAGACCCAUCGACGGGUCCACACGGGGGAGAGGCCGUUCUCCUGCACUGUGUGUGGGAAGGCCUUCAGCACCUCCUCCACCCUCCUGACCCACUGGCGGGUCCACACUGGGGAGAGGCCAUUCACUUGUUCCGAGUGCAGGAAGGGAUUCACUCAGGAGGGCAAGUUGCGGAUGCACCAGCGGGUCCACACUGGGAAGAAGCCUUUCAGCUGCCCCGAGUGUGGGAAGGCCUUCAACGAUUCCUCUUCCCUUCAGACCCACAAGUGGGUCCACAUACAGGAGAGGCCGUUCCCCUGCACAGAGUGCGGCAAGCUCUUCAGCAAUUCCUCCACCCUGCUGAAGCACCAGCGGGUCCACACAGGGGAGAGGCCCUUCAGCUGCCGCGAGUGUGGGAAGGGCUUUACCCAGAUGUCCGUCCUGCUGAUCCACCAGCGGAUCCACAUCAGUGAGAAGCCUUUCUGCUGCCCUGAGUGUGGGAAGGGAUUCACUCAGAAGGGCAACUUGCGCACGCACCAGCGGGUCCACACAGGGGAGAGGCCCUUCAGCUGCCCCAAGUGCGGAAAUGCCUUCAGUGAUUCCUCCACCCUACUGAAGCACCAACGGGUCCACACGGGGAAGAGGCCAUUCCCCUGCCCCGAGUGUGGGAAGGCCUUUAGCAAUUCCUCCGACCUGCUGAAGCACCAGCGUGUCCACACGGGGGAGAAGCCCUUCAGCUGUCCCGAAUGUGGGAAGGCCUUCAGCGAUUCCUCCGCCCUGGUGAAGCACCGGCGGGUCCACACGGGGGAGAGGUCCUUCAGCUGCCCCGAGUGUGGGAAGGGCUUUACCCGGGCAGCCACCCUGCGGAGGCACCAAGGAGUUCAUGUGCUAUGGAAAAAGUGCUUCAAACCAUUUCCUCAGCUUGGGGGAAUCAAAAUCACACCCCUCACGGUGGGGACAGACUGUGUACCAGUUCUGUUUGUAAUUUCAAACCCAGGUGACACAAGGAAUACUCUCCCCAUGGGGAAACCGUGGAAAUGUGGGGACUGUGGGAAAGGAUUCCCUUCCCCCUCAGUGCUGGAAAUUCACAGACGUGUUCACAGCGGGGAGAAGCCGUUCAUCUGCUCAGUGUGUGGGAAGGGAUUCACAAAUUCUUCCAACCUGCGGGCGCACCAGUGGGUCCACACGGGAGAGAAGCCCUUCACCUGCUUGGUGUGCAGGAAGGGGUUCACGCAUUCAUCUGCACUGCUGACCCACCAGCGGGUCCACACUGGGGAGAGGCCGUUCGGUUGCUCAGAGUGCGGGAAGGCUUUCCGUCGUGUGAGCAACUUGAGGAAGCACGAGCGGGUCCACACGGGGGAGAGGCCGUUCCCCUGCCCCGAGUGUGGGAAGGGAUUCAUUGAUUCUUCCAGCUUGCUGAACCACCAGCAGAUCCACACAGGGGAAAGGCCAUUCACCUGCUCUGUGUGCGGGAAAGGAUUCAAUCAUAUGAGCAAUUUGCGGCAGCAUAAGCGGGUCCACACUGGGGAGAGGCCAUUCACCUGCCCCGAGUGUGGGAAGGGAUUUACCAACUCUUCCCACCUGCUGACCCACCAGCGGAUCCACACUGGGGAGAGGCCAUUCACCUGCUCCGAGUGUGGGAAGGGCUUCACCUGCUCCUCCGACCUCCAGAGACAUCAACGAGUUCACGUGCCAUCACAGGGAAUGUGGAGUCUGAUACAGUUAUACGGCCUGGAAAAAGGAAUUCCCAGCAGUGAGGGGCAGUACAUGCGUUUGUUUGUGGCUGAAGCUUCGGACAUGGAGAAACCGUGGAAGUGUGGUAACUGUGAGAAAGGCUUCCGUACUCCGUCUGACCUGGAGAUUCAUCGGCGCACCCACACCGGGGAGAGGCCGUUCUCCUGUCCCAAGUGCAGGAAGGGCUUUACCCAGGUCUCUGCCCUGCUUAGGCACCAGCGGAUCCACACGGGGGAGAGGCCUUUCAGCUGCCCUGAGUGUGGGAAGGCCUUCAGCGAUUCAUCCUCCCUACUGACCCACCGGCGAGUCCAUACGGGAGAGAGGCCCUUCAGCUGUCACGAGUGCAGGAAGGCCUUCAGCAAUUCCUCAUCCCUGCUGAGGCACCAGCGGGUCCACACGGGAGAGACCCCCUUCAGCUGCCCUGAGUGUGGGAAGGCCUUCAGCCGUUCCUCCACUUUGCUGACCCACCAGCAGGUCCACACAGGGGAGAGGCCCUUCAGCUGUUCUGAUUGCGGGAAGGCCUUCAGCUAUUCCUACUCCCUGCUGAGGCACCAGCGGGUCCACAUGGGGGAGAAGCCCUUCAGCUGCCCCGAGUGCGGGAAGGCCUUCAGCUAUUCUUCCUCCCUGCUGACCCACCGGCGAGUCCAUACAGGGGAGAGGCCCUUCUGCUGUCCCGAGUGCGGAAAGGCCUUCAGCGAUUCCUCCUCCCUGCUGACCCAUUGGCGAGUCCACACGGGGGAGAAGCCCUUCAGCUGCCCUGAGUGUGGGAAGGCCUUCACCCGCUCCGCCCACCUCCGGAGCCACCAGCGACUUCACGUGCCAUCGCAGGGGGAGUGACAAAGCGACUGCCGAGUGCCAUUAUCGACUGGACUAUCAACCCAGUUCUGGGAUCUGUUGGGUUUGAAUCCCACCGCGGCAGAAUUGGAAUACGGUCAGAACCUAAUGAUGAAACCAUUUUCUGUGGGGGAGGGGUUGCUUUUUUUUUUAGGGAAAGAAACUGCCGUUGUGGGAAAGGAUUCACUCAGUCGUCCCAGCUGCAUCCUUUACCCGGUCUGGCCUACACAUGACUCCAGACCCACAGCAGUCUGUUUCACUCCACACUGCCCCCGUUCCCGGCCCCACGGGUUAAGGCUGUACCAAGGAUCCAAUUACAAAGGGACAACUCUGUG